GCAAAGUAGAAUUUCAUAAGAACAAAAUGGAUGGAGAGGAGAAAACCUUUGGUGGCUGUGAAGGCCCUGAUGCGAUGUAUGUGAAGUUGAUAUCAUCUGAUGGCCAUGAAUUUAUUGUAAAAAGGGAACAUGCAUUAACAUCAGGCACAAUAAAAGCCACAUUGAGUGGCCCAGGUCAAUUUGCUGUGAGUGAAACCAGUGAGGUCAAUUUUAGAGAGAUACCUUCGCGUGCGCUAUCAAAAGUAUGCACGUAUUUUACGUAUAAAGUUCGCUACCCUAACAGCUCCACCAAGGUUCCGGAGCUCCCAAUUGCACCUGAAAUUGCACUAGAACUGUUAAUGGAUGUGAGCUUCCUAGAUUGUGAAAUAAAAUAA